AUGGAGUAUUUGGUAUGUACUAUUCUUUCUAGCAAUUUAUAGCUCGAUUUCCAUCAAAACUACAAUAGCACGGCAUUAAUCCAUUUUCCCCCUUCGACGCGGUUCACCUAUUGACGGAAACCAAGUUCCUAACACUUGAUCAAGGAGUCAUGGCCAAGUACCAAGCACUCUUCAACCAUAAGACUAGCAAAUUUUACCCUACCCCGAUCGAAGAACUUAAACGCCUAGGAAGUUUGCCCAAGAGAAAUAAGGUCGAUCUUAGCGCCCCAGAAGUAUCAAAAAAUGAUGAAGAUUAUAUAGACGACAUCAUGUCGAUUGACCUUUCAAACGACGACAUCGGGGAUAGCGAGAGAGUAUGGCCACCUCCUUCUCCUAAAGCGCUAAAUCGAAAAGAAAGACGGGCUGAGCAGAAACGCGUUAUGGAAGCUGCUGCCGCAUGGGUCUCCGAGUCUCAAAUCCCAGAUGAACCGACUGAGCAACUCGCAUUUCGCCCAGCAAUCAAAAGAAAACAUGAUACUGAUGAUGAGGCUGCCAACUCUCGACCUCCACCACAUCUCCGUUAG